GUCUCAGGUAUAAGCAGCUCAGUCGCUGCCUGUGGAAGCGUGUGCUGCAUUGGGAGCUGUAGACAAGCAUACCUGAUCCUUCUCAGCCAACUCUUGUUCAGCAGAGUUCCAAAACUGGUUGUUUGAAACGUUAGAGAAUUUAGAGAGUUUGGUUUCCAGUUAAAGUUAAUACUUCAAACUACCUUUAAUUUGUUAACACCAUUACAGUCAGAGAGCUAAAUUCCGAGCAAUCGUGGUUUGCUAGUGAGGUGGUUAUGGCUUGUGUAAAUGUUCUGUCUGAUAAGUGCCAACAUGAUUCUGGGAAGCGACAGAAUGCAAUCUUAUACACCAUCCUGAGCCAACGUGGAGACUACAAGUUCUCACAUCACAACUGCUCCUGUGAAGUCAGACGGACUGUUAGCUUGAAGACUCCCCUUGUUACCUGUCAGGUGGUAUCCGAUGUGUUGGCAAAGACAAUCAGUUUUAUGAGGAACCUCCCUUCAUUCGAUCAUCUUCCCAGAUCAGACCAACUGCUAUUGCUGGAGAGCUGCUGGCCCCCAUUAUUUCUGUUAGGAUUGGCUCAAGAUAGAGUGAGCUUCGAGGUGACAGAGACCCCAAGUCACAGCAUGCUGAAGAGAAUCUUGCUGAAUGGACCAAGCCUGCUCAGGACAGAAGAAGAAGGGAGUUGGCAGCCAACACUGGCUGGUGUACACAGAAUAAAAAUGUGUCUGAACAAAUUCCAGGGCCUGGAUCUAAGUCCCAAGGAGUAUGCAUACCUGAAAGGAGCUAUCCUGUUCAACCCUGAUCUACCUGGACUCCGAGCUGCUCCCUACAUUGAGAGCCUUCAGCGGGAAGCGCAGCGUGCCCUGUAUGAGAUCCUGGUGCCGGCCAAGGACAGUAGCCGCUUCGCCUGUAUUUUACUCGCCGUGUCCGCCCUGAAAACUGUCAGCACCGGGCUCAUCGUCGAGCUCUUCUUCAGGCCGAUGAUCGGGCCAGCAAACAUGAAAGAGCUACUGUUUGAAAUGCUAUAUUCACGGUGAAGAAAUCGGGGUCUGACUGCACCUCACCUCAGCCCAGCCGUAUCACUUGCCAUUCGCUGCCUAUCCACAACUCAAUAUUGUUUUGUAUUAAUUUUGUUUUAUCUUGAAUAAAAUUGGUUUGGAAGA